AUGAACUUUUGUGGAUGUGGAACAAAUUUUUCUGCUGCAUUUCAAAAACUCAUUGAAGCCCUUGAAGAAAUCGAUAAUCACCCCGAUCGAGAUAUUUUACGGCAAACAAUUGUUUUCAUGACUGAUGGAUACCCUCAGGAAUAUCCAACUGAAAAAUUACAACAACUACGUGCUUAUCGAACUGAUAAUGCUCGGGGUCCAAAUAGCAAAUCUUUGAUACACAAAUUUUGGACAGUGGCCCUUGGAGACUAUAAUAAAGAAGUUAUGCAAAAAAUUAAUCAAAAAAUGCAAGGAGAUAUGAUUGAUAUUCGACGUCCAGAAGAAUUAGAAGAAGCAUACGCACAAAUUGCGGAAAUUAUGUAA